AUGGCAAGCUUCAAUGUUUAUUUCAUUUUGGUGGCUUUAUUUGUGAUGAGCGGAGCAGUCAUAGCUACCGAAGAGGCUGACAUUAUCAAGAAAUAUGAUUGUGAAAACGAAACCAAAAUGGGUCAAUAUUGUAUUAUGGAGAUUUUCACAAGUAUUUUCAAAAUUGGGGAUGUCACGGAUAAAUGUUGUGGUGAACUUAUGGUGUUAGGUAAAAUUUGUCACGCUGCAUUAGUAAAGAGGACUCUUCAACUUCCUCAGUUUAAAAAUAUGGAGGAAUCGAAGAUUGUGGCAAAGAGUAUCCAAAUUUGGAACAAAUGUGCUGUAGUCACCAAGAGUGUUUCACCAUCUCCCUCUCCCUAA